CCAUUUUUGGCCUUACCGUUCCGUGUCUGUGAGGCCUAUGUUCGACGAUCUUUUACGCUGGCGAUAUCAGAAAACGAAUCCACACGCACACGCUAGACACUCUGAAUCACCCAGAAGAAUCCGAAAGGCAGAAAAAAGGGCACCUACAAUGCUCAUUCAUGCUCCCCAUGCCUCAACUCCCUCUCCCACUUAUCUCAUCCACCACCCUCGCCGCCUUAACCCCGUGUUUCCGCGCUCGGCUUCUUUGAACGUUUCUGUGGCGAAUGGAAUCAUGAAAACGAGGUGGAGGCGGGGAAUGUGUCGGCCAGUGAUAGUUUCUGCUGCUGAGGAGGGGAGCUCAGGCUUCAAGUCGGAGAGGAAAAGAGAAGUUGUGGAACACAUAUGUCUGCUUAAAGCAAAGGAGAAUUUAUCUGAGGAGGAAGAGAAGGAUAUGCUGGAUUAUCUUUAUACAACCCAAUAUCAAAUGCGUGGCAUUGUUGCGAUAUCAUUAGGACGUAUCUCAGAAGAAAAUAUCGAAAAUUACACCCAUGCUCUCUACAUGCGCUUCCAAAGAAAAGAAGACCUUGCAAAGUUCUAUGAGAACGUUUUCUACUUGGGAGUUCUCAAAGAGCAUGUUAUGCCUUACUGCCAUGGGUUAAUUAAUGUGGAUUUUGAAGCUGAAGUAGAAGAUGAUAUUCUCUCCAUAUUUCGGAAGGGAGAGGAAUUCAACUACGGUCUAGAGUUCGUGCUUUUGAUUUCAGUUGUUAGUGAUGCAGUUGGUGGAGCUGCUGAACAUGCAUUGGCUUCUCUUGCAAGGCUGACAAUUGGGUUUCCAUCCUUAAUUGUCCAAUCUACUCAAGGUCUCAAUUUAAAUCUCAGCAGUAAGGAAUAUACACAUGGAAUGGUGAUACGAUUUCGGUCAUUUGAGGCCUUUGGGAUAUUUAUGGGCAGCUCAGAAUACAAAGAUAUAUGGAGUUCUAAAUUCCAGCCAAUCACCCAGAAAAUACUCUCCGUUCAUUUUUCUAUAGAUCCAGUGGGCACUGAGAUCAUGUAGUGAGGAUACUUCACGGUUUCAAUUUUGAAAGGCAUUCUAGCCAGUUUGCUCAACUUUCUAGGAGUAGGUGUGCAGGCCAGCUCUUCUUUCUCUUUCUUUCUUUUUUUUUUUGGCUGGGAGGUGGGGUUGAUUAUUAUGAAUUUAUGCUAAUGCUUCUUUCUGUAUUCUUUGCUUCCCAUUUCCCAUUUAUUGCUAUAGACAUGUUUCACUAACCGAUGUUCUAUCUCACACUUGUAUUUCAAAGUAUAGUUACUCAUUUCUUGUUGCAUGUCUUUUCAACAAGGGGUCAUAUACAUUUAAAAAGUUGUUUCUUGCUUGUUGACUAUAUAACUGCACAGCGCACACAGUAUGUGCCAGGACAAAAACAUGAGUUUUGGUUGAAAGUCUGUCUUUCUUAUCCCAAAGAAAAAUGCCAUCCAUGUACUUUGCAUCAGGACCAGCUACCAGGUUCUUGAUCUGUCCUACAGACUGGUAGGAAGCAACACAUUGGAUGAUACUUUGAAGCUAAUCACUAAUCAGUGCCAUUGUCAGAGAAUGGAGGAAAGGAAGUACCUUGGAAGAAAAUCUCUCCUCUCUACUUCUAGUUAUUUGUGGUCUAAUUUAGAGUUUGAGUCAUAUCAUGAGGUGAACAUUUCUGUAUCAGGACCCCAUUGAUUGAUCAUUCUGAUCUGUCCUCUCUAAGUACCUGCGUGCUAACUUGGUUUCUUCUAUCCAUACUCCAAUAAGCAUAAUAGAUUUUAUAUAGGCAGUUGCAUAUAUAAUGAACCCUGUCGUAUUCAUGCUUGAUCUUUACUCAAGGAGGUCACAACUUGCAUCA